AUGUGGCAACAUUCCUUGAGCAGAGUGUUCUAGUCUCCAAGGAUUUAGAGGAUGUGCUGUCAGCCACUUCAGCUUUUCUAGUGGUUUAGCACGCCAACAGAGUUUUCUUUUUCCAUUCUCUCGUGUAUGCGUUCCAAUACUAAAACCAGAUGGAAACGAGGGAAAACUCUUAACACAGGCUAGUGCCAAAACAUUUCAUUUAAAAAGGAAACUCCAUCUGUGUGCUCUCCCACCACACAGCCCACUGUUAAGAACAGGAGUUUCACAGCUCACUCACUUCUGUUCGUUUUGAUGAGUUUUGACUAAUUGCAAAGGUAGAGCAAGUGGUGGUUAGGGAGAUGGCAAACUAAGGCGGCUUUCCAGAAGGAAAGCGGCUGGCGAGGCACUGUGUACCUGGCAGACAGCCUGCACAGCAGCCUACCACGAAGGCACUGUUUUAAGACAUGCAGAUGAAUUCUUUGUUUUGGGUAAUUUUCUUAGUGAACGCUUUUAGGAGUUAGUGCGCCUUGCCGUGGUAAGGAGAGUUUAACACCAUCAGGUUUUCCUUUGUCAGAGGCACUUAGGGACGCCAAGAGUCCCUUUUGCUCCCUGUAUUCUCCCACCCCAGCUACAGAAGAACGCAGGCUUAGGCAUAGGACUGACUUGCGGUGAAAUACUGACCGUACUAGCUCUGUCAUGUCUUUGGGGCUCAGUUUUCUCAUCUCAUCUAGAAAAUGGCAAUAGUAUCUAUUUCCCACGGGUAUUUUGAAGAGUAACUGAACUAUGUAUGUGCGUAUAAUGCCUGAUACAUAGAAGGUACUCAGCUUUAUGAGCAAGAUUAUUAUCAUUAGUGGGACACCCACUGGUUCUUACCAUGCGAAGGUAAUUCAUCUGCAGUUUUUUAAAAGAUGUUAAUGUGUAUUGAUGACAGGUAUCUGUUAGCCAAGUCAUGUGAGGCAAAGUCACAUGAUAGCCCAGAUUUGGUUGUGGGGGUUUCCUACCUAUCCUCCUGUGCUGCUUUCCCCUUUCUCUCUCAACUCUUUUUCCUCUCCUGUCUGUGUCUCACUCCUGAUAUGCAGAUUCCAGGUCAUUCUGACUGCUGAUUUGUAAGCCAGGCUCCUCUUGAUUCUCAAGGCUCCAAACUUAUUUUACCCCCAACUAGAAUUCUAGGUGGCAUCAUGCUGCUGUUCUAUUUCCGAGAGUUUGAAAAUGUCCACCCUGCUCCCAUGAGGAUUUGCACAUUGCUGGGUAUACUGGGCGCCGAAGUCCAUUGUGUUCAGGCCUCCUUGUCAAACUUCAUGGGGAGAUAGGACUGGCUUAGUUGAUCAAGGUCCUGUCCCUGAAAUGGGAGAUGUUAUUUUCCUACACCUAUCUUCACUGGAUCAAAAGAAAAAUCAUAACAAAAUAAAACAAAACAUUUUCUGGGGUCAAUCAAGUGCACAGUUAAGCAAAUAGUAGAAGUGGGAGAGGCCGAUACAAAUGCCUGUGCACCCAGCUUUUCAGCCCGGAUCAGGUUCUUGUUUCUCCAGCUCUUUCCUGUUGCCCUUCCUUUACACACACACACACACACACACACACACACACACGCACGCGCGCGCACGCUCAGAAUAUGAUUGAGUGACAUUUCCACCCCAAUUACAGUCAUGCUAAACCAUAUGCAGAACUUUCCAAAAGAAACUAUAAAUAACCAGAGUGUAGUGAGGUUGCCAGGUUGUCCAGUACCAUAAAGGAUAUAUGAAUAGGUAGUUACUGUGCUCUGAGCAUGAACAUGCUCCUCCUCUGGCCUUCCCUGUCAUCCCCAUUCAUAGCACUUAGCAUUGCUGGGUUUUGUCGGUUGGCUUUCUGUUUAAUUCUGCAGACUGACAGCCUCUAGAGGGUAGGAACUGUGCUGCAGACACCUGUGUCCUUAGUGCCCUGACCACAGUCCCCCUGUGGAACAAACAAAGUGCGUGGGGGGAAUUGGGCAUAGCCCUGCUCCUGCCCAGUCUCCCUAGGAGUCUUCAUGAGAGCUGAGACCACCUGAGCUCAGGGCUCCAUUUCUGGAUUCAAGCUCCAGCUGUGAGCUCACACGUUCACUCUGGGUUAUUCCAGCUGGUGCUUGGUUUGGCUUUGGUCUUUUUUUUUUUUAACUUACUAUUAUUCACACUAAGAUGCUGCUGGGUGGUCUUUUAAUUCCCUUGGAAUUCAUCAAAUUACCGAGCAGGAAAUUUUAUUCUACCUAAUAGCCCAGUUACCAAGAAAAAAUACAAGUUUCUCUGAUAUAUUCAGACUUUUAGAAUCAUCCAUAAUGAGCCAUUUAUAAAUUCUUCCAUUGUGGGCUACAGUGGGAAGCUGUUAUCUCAAAUUUUUGAAGUACCUGAGUGUUUCUUCUAAAGAAAGAGUUCAUGCUAUGGAGGAAUAAAUGAUCAUUUAAUGGGAAUUGAAUAUAUCAAAACUUUCCCCAAAUGCUCUUUUCUCAUAAGUAAUCGUUUUCAAUUCUACAUUCCCUUAAAGAAGGCUUUCAAGGGAAAAAUGGAAGCUCCAUUUUUGUUUUUUAGAUUUAACCUCUCUGAGGAUAUUCAUUCUGUCUUCCCCCUAGCUGCCCACCCCAGCUUUUAACAUAAAUUAUUCUUCAUCUACCAUACGUGGAUCCCAUGUGGCUUAGGUUGUAGAUCUCAUGGUAAACUGUGUUACUGCAUUUCAAUGUUUAUAUUCAUUUAAACAAAGUAUGCUGUUCUGAGAAGCCUGUAGGGGGUUGGCAAGUGGGUUUGAGAUGGCAAGAACAUACUCAGCUUUGAUUCCUUGAGAUCCAGGUUUUCGUUUUCCUAAGCAGAAGCACCAGAAUGGUGAGCUGUGCUCUUCCAUUUUCUAGCUAAUGUGCGUAAGUGGCAGUUAUGUAGGUUCUCUCUCUCCUUCCAUCCUUUCCAUCUUGUGGAUGGGUAAAAGUCAACUGUUUUUGCAUCCAUGAAUUUUUAAGUAUAUUUCUCCUUAUAAAUGCAUACAUGUUCUUUAUUUAAAAAAAAAUUAAAUGUGGCACCAAGGAGAAAAAAGAAAGAAAAGAAAAACCAACGGGAAAAUCAUGACUUUGUCUUUUCAGGCUUCAUACUUUUUAAUAUUCCUCCCCCUUUGUAAUAUUCUAGGUACAAUUUGUUCUCCUUUUUUAUUUAACAUGGUAACAAGAGUUUUAUUUUUUACACAACUUUUAUAAAGAUAAGAUUAAUGGCUCCUUGAGUACCAGAGAAUAGUUAAGCAUUCAUCUAUUGCUGGAUAUUUUAUAUUUUCAGUUUUCACCAGGAGAAAUAAUAUUUGUGGUCUUCUUUCUAUUUUAAAUACCCAUCUUGCAGAUGAAAAAACUGAGGAGCACAUGGAUAACUUGUUAGAGAAACAUCCACACUGCUAGGGAGUGGUAGAAGGGGCCUGGAACCUCAGUUCUCUGUGCCUUGCUUAGUCAUCUGCUGUGGAUCAAAAUGAGCUUAUUUUUAAAACCCAGUUCCACCAGAACUCUUUAUCUUGUUUCAUUCUGUGUGCUUAACAACCAGUUAAAAAUCACUGUGAUAUUUAACAUUGUUUUACACCAAGUUCUCUUUGAAGUACAUAUGCUGUCUGUUCCCUUUAGAGUAUGCCAUUAUUUGAUUUCCAUAUGCAUUUGCAGGUAUGUGUCAGUGAUUGUGUCUAUGUUUGCAGAGAAAGAGAGGGGAAGAAGGUUUCUUACCCAGAGUCAGCCCUGAUGUUCCUCAAAAGAGUGACAAACAAGAAACCCACACAGGCGUCCAUCACAAAGGUCAAACAGUUUGAAGGCUCCACGUCUUUUGUUCGGAGAUCACAGUGGAUGCUCGAGCAGCUUCGCCAGGUUAAUGGUAUUGAUCCUAAUCGGGAUUCUGCAGAGUUUGAUUUGUUGUUUGAAAAUGCUUUUGACCAGUGGGUAGCCAGCACAGCCUCAGAAAAAUGCACCUUCUUCCAGAUCCUCCACCACACCUGCCAGAGGUACCUCACGGACAGGAAGCCGGAGUUUAUUAACUGCCAAUCCAAAAUUAUGGGAGGAAACAGCAUCCUCCACUCCGCUGCCGACAGCGUGACCAGCGCGGUGCAGAAGGCGAGCCAGGCCUUGAACGAGCGCGGGGAGCGGUUAGGCCGGGCAGAGGAGAAGACAGAAGACCUGAAGAACAGCGCCCAGCAGUUUGCAGAAACUGCGCACAAGCUUGCCAUGAAGCACAAAUGUUGAGAAACUGCCCAUCCUGGUGACCCUCUUAAGAGAAAUGGAAGAGUUUGUUCAGCAGUUUUUACAAGAAUUCUGGACUUCCGCUUGCUUCUUUUUUUCCAAUAUUUGGACAUUUAGAGUAUUUUUGUUUUUCCUUUUCAAAUGUUACUAUGAAAGAAAAGGUGUUGUGUUUAUACAUUUCCCUAAUGAUCUUGCUAGGAAAUGCUACAAUAGCAUCAGCUUCAUUUUGGUUUUGUUUUUAUUCCCCUGUGCGUGUGUGUAUGUGUGUUUGAAUGUGUUUUCCUUUUGAAAAAAAUUUUUUUGUAGUUUGAAUAUGCAAUUUGGACCAAAUGAUAAACGGAGCUAGGUCAAAGUUGUCAACAUGUAGUUUUUUCCCCUGAUACUAAGCAGGAAGACAUCAGAUGCUAUUGUUCCUGGAUGAAAAUAAAAGUCAAGCAGUGAUUGGUUUCACUCAUUCUUCUAGCUGCUCCUAAUUUGAAGGUUAAAAUUCUAUAUUAUGGAAAACAGUGGAUUUAUCAUGGAAAUAGCAAUCUUAGACUUUGCCCUUUACGUAGUAAUCUUUUUGCAUGAACCAUCACCAGCAUUCAAAAAAACAAAUCAGAAUCACAGAUAGAAAUCUGCUUUCUGAGCUACAGUUUAAAUACUCCUGCUGUUGCUUCCAGGCUGAUUAUUUGGAAUUAUCAUAUGAAGGAUAAAAAUUUGAGAGUAAAAACCUAAGGAAAAGCCUAUUUAAAACCCUCUGUGUAUUCAUGGAUGUUUGUCUCUUUUGUCAUUGCCCCAAUUGUGGUAGCUGCUAUUGAAAGGUGGUUUUUUUUAUCAAAAAUUGAUUUGUCCAGAUAAAGGUCUGUGUCAAUGAUAAUGUGAAAACAUACUACAUUUAAAAUGUUUUUUUCUUGUCUUACAAAGUCGUGCCUAUUUUAGAGACAACCUCACAAUGUCCUUGGGAAAGGGCCUUCAAUAUUUUGGUAUCUGAGUUUUGGAGGUUUUGAUGCUGUUAUUGCUGUUUAUUUAUUUAAUGUAAUUUAACAUGUGGCUUUCUUGACAAAUUGCAUUUCAUGGCAAUUGCAACUUGCUGAAUAUGACAUAAAACACCACAGUCGUGAUGCCUUUGCAUUCCAGGCAGAUUAAAUAAAAUUGGUCACAUUCCUCCUGAUUUUCUGUGUAGGGUUCAGAGUCUAGAAGUUUUGUUUCCUAGAGUGUUAAAAUGCUAAACCUAAAAAAGCUGUUCUUUUUCUUAAUGAAAAAGGAGGCAGGCUGCACAUCUUAGGCACGCUGUGGGCCUCCCACUGCGGUGCAUUGAUUUUUAAGCUGCCUGAAUUGUCAGGACCCCUUCUGUUCCUUCCUAUCCAUUGAGCCAGUAAAGUCUAUACUAUACUAUAGCCUCUUACAUAGCAGCGUAAGAUGACUCUUGGAUAAUUAAUGCUCAUUUAAAUAGCUUGAAUUCUCCUGAUAAAGCAUUCCCAAGGAGACAGAAAGUCUAUUAGGGGAAAAAAUAUUGUAGGCAGUGCAUGUCCAAAGGGAGAUGGGACUUGCUGGAGACAAAUGGCUGAAUCCUCUUAAAGAUGAUCCAAUUCAAAAAAACUCUGUAAAAUUUAUAUAGUAAAUUAUGUAAGUUUAAUAUUUUAUACUUUUAGUGUCUUAAAAGUUUAAAGAAGUAAGGAACAACAUGCCAUUUGGUGGGUACCAUUAGAAGACUAUAUAAUUGUUAAGAAAAGCCCCAAAUAGCACUCCAAACAGAUUUUGUGUGCAGACCUCUGUUCAGAAAACAUAUACACACACACAUACACAUACACAUACAAAGAGAGAGAAAUAUUCAUCUCCCCAAAUUGCAUUCUGGUUUCAGAAAUAGAUAGUUGGUAUAAAUAAUUGAAAGGGUAAAUCUAAAACCCCUUGAUAAUCAGCCAAACUCAAGAAUAAAAUUGGUUGCCAACUGUCUAACAACAGUGCUUGGGAAGCUGCUUCUGAAAUAGCAGAAGGUGAGGUCAUAAGCAUACUGUGAAAUCUGAGAGCCUUCCUCCCUGGUGGAAUCGUGAUAGUUACUCUUAUCAUAUAUGUAAAUAUUCCACAUAUUGCCCUCACUCUGUUUAUCCUUUUAGACCUAACUGUUACUGGAAAUAGCCUGGAUUAGAAGAAUGGCCCAUGCCCUUGACCUCCCUGAGUCCAAGUCCUGCGUAGGUCUCCACCAGCAGAGAGGCACUAACAGCAGUCCCUGCCCCUCCUCCACCCCCCAGCCUCUGGCAGAGGAGCCCUGGGAUAACACAUGUGAAGUUCUUUGCUAUGUUUUUGUAGAAGGUGCUUCGGUGCAAAUAUUACGUUCCAACCUAGAGAAAAUUGCUAAAAUAACUCACAUCAUUUAGGACCCAUUUGGUUGAGCUUGCUAGAAGACAAUUUCAGUUUGUUUUAUUUCUGCACUUCACUAUGAAUUUGGGGGAUACUGUAUUUCUGUGAAGGAUUUCUCAAAUUAUAUUGAUAACACAUAAAGAAAAGAAACUUUCCAGUGUUACCGCUUCUUCCUGGAACGUAGCUGUAGUAUUCCUCACUAGUAUUAUUAGGUAUCUGUGUACAGGAAGUAUGCAGUUAUUCAGGUUAAUGUUUCAUAUUAAAGAAUGUAUUUGUAAAAUGUAACAUCAGUAGUUAACUUUUUUUAAACUCUUAAAAUAGUUAAAAUUAUGUGUUAGACUUAAAAUUACAGUGAAAUCUGUUUUAAUACUACUUUUGUGGCUAGCAAAGGUUGUGUAUUUAUAUAAAAAUAUUUACAGGAUUCCCUAAAUAAAAGAUAUUAAAGAUAGGUUUUGCUCUUCAUUUUCAGAAUUGUAACAUUGCUGAUGUCUGUUAUACAGCUAUUCUCCAGAAGUUCUGUAAGAUGUGAAAUAUAAUUUUUGUUUAAUUUAGAGACAAGUGACACCUGCUCUAUUGAUUCACUAUGACAGCAAACCCUAAUUUUGUCAUUAAAUAUUUUAACUCUGUGAUGAAA